UAUUAAUAAGAGAAGACAGCUAUAUAGGUGCGUAACAAUGACAGGCGGCGCCGUUGCAAAGGGCAGCCAUCAUCAUCAUCAGCAGCAGCCAAACGUAAACAAACCAAGCCUGACACUCGUGCUGGACGCCGCCCACGGGACCCCGCCACCCAGCGCCCUUUCCCUCCUAAUGGUGACGUGCCCUCCAAGCUGCUGGCCCAUCACUGCCCCUGAAGUCAUCAGUGGAUGGCAGACAUGAGUGAAGCAGUCUUCUGGCCGCCACAGCAGGUUGGGGACCUGUAAGACUGACACUGCUCCAAUGGAACCAGACUUGAACGGUGCCAGGGAGACCAACGCUGUGUGAGUGUCCCAGUGGCUUACUGUGCUGCGCCAAGGUGUUGACAAGUAACGUGGAGGUUGAGCCGCUGGACCCACCACCCAUCGGCAAGUGUUCCAGGAGGCAAGAAGGAGUGACUCUACACCAUGGAACUUUGACAGACCUCCUCCUCCUGCCUUCAAGUCUGGCCAAAAGGGUGUAUUGUCCUUUUCCACGCCAUGUCGCCGCCACUCCUCACUCCACGCUGAGCCUGACACGGUGACGCUGCGUACAGCUUGACGGAGGCAAAGCACUACAUGUACGUUCUGGAGGCCUAAUCCAAAUUUGAGGAGAAUAUGACAAAAUACUUGAAAAUAUAUGAAUUUCUGGAUUAAUAAAGAAAAUUCAGUAAAUCUAUUGAUACACAACACACAUAUUAGUAAUAAUAAUAAUAAAAAAUAACAAUGGCAGCUUGGGGGGCCUAUGCAACUGUUUGCACAUAACAAGAAACAUCCCUGAGUCCAGGCCAUCUUGAGACACAUGACAGCCACGGUAUAAAUCAACACAGAAUGAUAUGUUGUAUAGAAAGUCUCUUUAGGAAGGCAGCAUGUACAUAUGAGUUUUGUGAGUCAACAAGACCUGUAGUGAGUGUUUUGUUAGGACAAGUACAGCCAGCACCUUAGAUCAUGACACUCAGAGUGUGUUUGGACGAGAAAUAGAAGAAUUGACAGCUGCAGUGCCCUCUGUAGAAUAGAUCAUAAUGAAGAACCCAAACUUGGCAAUAGAUUUAACACAUUGCAAUUAUCAGCUGUAGAAAACCUUCAUACAAUAGACUGAUAGAUACAUAGAUUGUUACACGCUUUAUUCAGGCCCGGAUUUAGGGGGGGGCACAAGGGGCCAGUGCCCAGGGCCCCGCGCUUUUAGGGGCCCCGCGCUGAAGCGUUUUUUUUUAAGGUUCUAUACCGAGGAGGGGCGCAAUCGAUGGGGUUGUUACCACAACAUGAUAUCCCCCCAAUAUUUCUGUACUUUAAGUACCCCUUUCUAAUUUUCUAUUGAUUUAAUCUAUAUGUAAGGGAGGCCAUUGAAAGUCAUAGUAACUCUGAAAUGCAUAAAUAUUCACUGACAAGCCUAGCAAUUAGAAAAUCGCAAAGAGGACAAGUGAAUGAAGAAUUAGUUCGCCAAUAUCAAUCUGAGCAUUACUAUUGGAGUGAGGUUUUGCAGCGAUGCGUGGAUGUACUCAUUUUUAUUUGUGAACAUGGGCUACCACUCAGAGGUGAUAAUGAAGUUAUUGGAUCACCUCAUAAUGGAAAUUAUCUGGGUAUAUUAGAGCUCUUAAGUAAAUAUGAUCCUUUCUUGGCAACACACAUAAAGAAGCAUGCAAAUCAAGGGAGUGGACAUGUAAAUUACCUUUCAUCCACAAUAUGUGAGGAGUUGAUAGAAGUUCUUGGAAAGCAUGUUAUGUGUACAAUAGUUCAGGAAGUUCAGAAAGCAAAGUAUUACUCAAUAUCUGUAGACUCUACACCAGAUAUAUCACAUGUAGAUCAACUAUGCCUAACCAUUAGAUAUGUGCUGCCAGAGGGACCAGUUGAACGCUUUUUAACAUUUGUCCCAUUACUUAAUCACACAGGCAAAGGAAUAGCAGAUUUAGUUCUGAGUUUUCUUGAAAGUAAGAACAUUACUAUUUCUGACUGCCGUGGCCAGUCUUAUGAUAAUGCCAGCAACAUGUCUGGCAAGUACAAAGGAACUCAGGCAUAUAUUAGAACAAAGUGUGAAUUUGCUGAUUUUGUCCCAUGUAUGGCCCAUUCUUUAAACCUGGUAGGGGUUUGUGCUGCUGAAUGCUGCAGAGAUGCUGUCAAUUUAUUUGGCAUAAUUCAAAGACUCUAUGUAUAUUUAUCAAAGUCAACAUAUCGAUGGCAGAAACAUCGACAAGCAUUACAGGAAAAGCCUGUUGUUAAGUGUUUGUCUGACACACGUUGGUCAGCGCGUGCAGAUGCUGUAGAAGCACUAUCAAAGGGAUAUGAACAAAGUAUGAAUGUAUUAGAAAAUCUAAUGAAUGAUGACAAUCUGAAUGGUGAGGCUAAAUGUGAGGCUUCUGGUAUUAUGAAAGAGCUUGAUAAACUAGAAACAGUAAUUUUACUGGUAACAUGGGAAGAUAUUCUAACUAGAUUCAAUGUCACUAGUCAGAAAUUGCAGACCUCAGGCCUUGACUUUAACACAGCAGUAAAAUUGUUAGGGUCACUAAAAGAUUUUGUUCAUGAUUUAAGAGAUCGCUUUGAUGAAUAUGAAAAGAUUGCUGUAGAAAAAUGUGGACACAGUGAGUAUGAAGGAGAGCAACGGCGUAUUCGACGAAGAAAGCGGCAGUAUGAUGAGAGUGAUAGUGCAGAAGAUGCUCAUUUACAACCGAGAGAGCAAUUCAGAGCCAUGGCGUACCUACCUAUCAUUGAUCAGCUAGCAACAGCACUUGACGAUCGCCUUAAGGCAUAUGAAAAGUUAGGAAAACGGUUUGGCUUCAUGUCGCAUAUAACUACCAUGGAAACAGAAGAACUUCGAAAGUCUGCUUCAAAUUUGGUGAGGACUUACCCUAGAGAUUUGGAAUCAUGUUUGGUAUCUGAAAUGGUGCAUUUUCAAGCUUUUCUGCAUAAAAUUGAUUCUGAAACCACUUCACUGAUUAGUCCAACUUCAGAAUGUAAUAUGUAUUCAAUACUACAUGAAUGUGAUGUUGUAUCAGCCUUUCCAAAUGUAGAGCUAGCAUUCAGGAUAUACCUUUCCAUGUUUGUUACAAACUGCACUGGGGAAAGAUCAUUUUCAAAACUAAAGAGGAUUAAGAGCUCAAUGCGAAGUACAAUGAAUCAAAAUCGUUUGGCAUCUCUUACUUUAUUAAGUGCUGAGUGUGAAAUUCUCAAGAGAAUUGACACAGCUGAAGUUAUUCAAGACUUUGCAAGAAUGAAAGCCAGGCGUAAAGUGUUUUAAAGUUUUUUGUAUAAUUUGUAUGUUAUCUCAUUAAAUUCUUGCUAUUAUAUUUUUUGCUAAGAAUUUCUUUGUUUUAUACAGUGUUCAGUCAUUUACAGAAUUAUCUGAAUCACAUUCCUAUUUUAUUUUGAAACAGUUAUAUAUUUUCCUGUCUGUAGACCCUUGGAAUUCAUUGAUUUAUUUAUCAAUUAUCAUUUCCAGACAUUAAAUCAAAGUGUGGUACUAAAACUUAUUGCAUAAGUAGCUAAUUACCAGUUUAAUUUUAUAAACAAAAUACCUAAGAGGAACCAAAGAUUUUAACUUCUGUGAUUUACUUUAUUUUUUGAAGUUGUGAUAUAAGGUAACAUGUUUCAUGCUGUACUUAGUCAUUAGUUCUUAUAAUUACGUAUGUAGUGCU